AUCAAACAACAAAGCAAAAACAAUGCGUCACUUCCAGCGGCCAUCUUUUGAUUGGUUUACCUGUUUGGGAAUUUCACUUACAGCCGACAGAUACAAGCUCAUAAAAGUAGGUCUGUAUUUUGUUCAGCGCCUCUUUAAGAGUUAUUUCCAGUGCACCGGUAAACAAACAUAAUGGUACUGUGGCUAAAGGAUUAAUUUAUUUGGAUGAGGAUGAGAAGGAGGAUUAAAACAACGAGCCUUUCGGCCGCAGAACCGAGAUGUCCAGCAGCAACAGGUGUGAGUGCACCAGGGGCUCCCUGGCUGAGGGGCUGGAGGGCUGAUCAUGGAUCUGAAGGAGACCUGUGGCAGUCAGGGGAGCCAAGAGAGCUCCAGCCUGCACCCCACCUCCUGGCAGGCCUUUGCUCACACCAGCACGCUGCAUGGCCUGCGCUUCAUCUUCCCUUAUGGUCAGCCCAGCGUGCGCCGCUUGCUCUGGGCUGCGGCUCUGCUGGCCUGCCUUGGACUGUUAGCCCUGGAGAGCGCCGAGCGCCUGGCUUAUUUCCUUUCCUACCCUCAUGUGACCAGCCUGGACGCCGUGGUAUCGAGCAGCCUGGUCUUCCCAGCUGUGACCAUUUGUAACCUCAACGCCUACCGCUUCAGCCACCUCACGCGCAAUGAUCUGUACCAUGCUGGAGAGCUGCUGGCCCUGCUGGAUGUGCACCUGACAAUCCCCCAGCCGCACCUGGCCGAGCCUGACGUGCUGGCUUUUCUGCAGGAAAAAGCCAACUUCACUGCCUACAGGCCCAAAGCGUUCAGCAUGAAGGAGUUCAUCGAGAGGGUCGGCCACGACCUCAAAGAGAUGAUGCUGUACUGCCGCUACCAAGGCCAGGAGUGCAGCCACAGAGACUUCAAAACCGUGUUCACCAGGUAUGGGAAGUGCUACAUGUUCAACGCUGCAGAGGAGGGGAAGACGCUCCGCACCACCAUGAAGGGAGGGACGGGAAACGGCCUGGAGAUCAUGCUGGACAUCCAACAGGAUGAGUACCUGCCGGUGUGGGGGGACACAGAGGAUACAGCGUUUGAGGCAGGUGUGCGGGUGCAGAUCCACAGCCAGGCGGAGCCUCCGUUUGUUCACGAGCUGGGCUUUGGUGUGGCCCCCGGCUUUCAGACUUUUGUAGCCACGCAGGAGCAGAGGCUGACCUAUCUGCCUCCCCCGUGGGGAGAGUGCGAGUCAAAGGCUCUGGAGUCGGGCUUUUUCCAGGUCUACAGUGUAACUGCCUGCAGGAUUGACUGCGAAACUCGCUACAUCGUCGAGAACUGCAACUGCAGGAUGGUGCACAUGCCUGGUGAUGCUUCUUACUGCACACCUGAGCAGUACAAAGACUGUGCUGAGCCUGCCCUUGCUAAACUGUCUGCCGUGGAGAGCAGUAACUGCAUGUGCAGGACACCGUGUAACAUGACCCGCUACAACAAAGAGCUGUCCAUGGUAAAAAUCCCCAGCAAGACCUCGGCCCGCUACCUGCAGAAGAAGUUCAACAAGUCAGAGAAGUACAUCACAGACAACAUCUUGGUGUUGGACGUGUUCUUUGAGGCUUUGAACUACGAGACCAUCGAGCAAAAGAAAGCUUACGAGGUGGCAGGCUUGCUGGGUGAUAUUGGUGGUCAGAUGGGUCUGUUCAUUGGAGCCAGCAUCCUCACCAUCCUAGAGCUGUUUGACUAUGCUUAUGAGGUGGUUAAAGACAGACUACUGGAUUUACUGAGCAGAGAGGAUGAGGAAGAGAGUCAUGGAGAGGAUGUGAGUUCCUGUGACCCCGUGGCAAACCACUCGGAGUCCAUCAGCCACACUGUGACAGUCCCCCUGCAGACAACACUGGGCACCCUGGAGGAGAUUGCCUGCUGAGGCCCUCCCCUGUUCCCCUCAGAGCCACACACAUCCAGAGGCUGCCUCCACUGGGUGGCACUACAUCCUCUGUUAGGGCAUCCUGUAGGACCGUAACAGUGGAGGGGAGGAGACAAAGACAAGUUGGUCUAAAAACAGCACUGCGCACUGUCACACCGCCCUGUCUGAGGCACUAAUGGGGAUUAAAGCGCUGUCGGCUGGACUUAUCGGCCCUCUCUGUCACCCUCUACGUAGUGGGAGGGCGGGCUCCACUUUGCCAGACCUGCAGGGGGGUCUGAGUCUCCACAUACAUGUACACAGAAAAUCAGAGACUAGGUGUGGCAACUACCCAUAAAGGGGGCCUGUCCCUGUGCAACAUAUCUAUGUAACAAACACAUUCAUAUGUCGGUCACUGCCAAAUGAACUGUACAAAAUUGGUUUUGAACUGUCCAAACUGCAUGUGUCAAUCUAUUUUGCUCUUUUUGCUGAUGCAUACGCUGGGCUACAGUGUUGCUUUACUGUACAUGUGUGCCAUUUGUCUCUCUAUCUGCAGGACAGGCCUGUGGCAAGGGCCCAGUAAGAUAUUGAACUUCGAAUGUACAGAUUGAACAUAUGGUUGUUCAUGAAUCAUUGUUCAGAUAUGACCAAUCCUUUGAAAAUCUAUUCUAAUGAGCGAUAUAUCAUUUCUUAGAUAAAUAUCCUGAAAGGAGUUGGUGAUCUAUGAGUGUUACUGAGAGGAAAAAAACACCUGAACAUUUGCUUUGUUUACUGAAAACGGAGUGUAAUCCGAACAUUUUACAUAUUUUUUUCACUGUCAGUUUCAGUUAAAUCAGUUUACUAGAAGGCAUGUUUGCUAUGUGACUCCUGGGGUGCUAAGCUGUUCUCUACAGACAUCUUUAAAGGGAUGUCAUACUCGUACUGUUAAUUUAUGUGAAUAAAUGACUGGCUUCUGGCUGCUGCACCUCACCACAACACCCAGCUAAGUGAGGUAGAAUUUGAAUUUAUUUGCCUGCCAGACAGCAAGCCAUUUACAAAACGCUGCAGAAAAUGAAUAUGCCCUCGGUGUUGUUAAACUAUUGUUUCACUAAGAGAAUGUCAGGUUGAUAUUUUGGACAGCUAUCACCACUUUAUCAAUGAUGGCAUCAUUUUGUCCUUCACCAAGAAAAUCCCCGUUCUUGAUUAUUAAAAUAACUACAAAAGCACCUUGAAGAGGGUUCAGCCAAGAUGGGGUUAUUUGUUGUUUUUUCAGGAUACAGGGUCUGCUGUGUUAUGGUGUAAAUAUCUGUGUUUUUUUUCCUUAUAGAAACGGGUACCACGCAGACAUGCCUGAAGCAGAUCUAAUUUAAAAGAUCUUUGGUAAAACAUCAACUCCAGUUCCAGACGUGACUACUUAUUUUUUUGUCAAAAUGUUACUCUGCAGCUCUCAGUAGGUAAGAAUGUUAUAUAACAGGGAGUAGCAUUUUGGGGUAGUUGAAUGUCAUGCUAAAAAUGAAGGGCACACUUUGCUAUGAGCACCAGGCAUCCGUUCCAAUGCAGGUUCAGCUGAACCUUCAGUGUCCUCAGAAACAGUUAACAUAUAAAUGGCUUUACACCAAAAGCUUGUGUGAGACCAUGUGGAAGAUUUAGUGUAUCUAAGUUUUCUAUAGUUCAUGAUCAUCCUAGCAUGAUCUCUGUCAUGAUGGUAAUGUAUAUUACAGGUAGGAAUGAAUUCAAGUGCUUUGUGAGACUGUUUGAAUUAUGAUUUCCCAUCUGUGGCUCAACCUGCUGUCUCUGUGUACUAUCUCAUGUUGUGGCUUCAGACGAACACAAUCCUCAGCCGACCUGAAGGAGUGUGAGACAAACUUGUUUCGCUUCUCUUGGUGGCAAUGACACUGGCUGUUUCUUCUCUCUACUUUGGCUUCAAUUGUUAAGCAGGACAGCGUUUUCUCAUUUUGUGAUGCAGCAUACAGUGUGUGUUUUUAAUGUGAAACAAUUAAAUUAAACAGUUGUUUUGCA